GGGAGGAGUGCAGAGUGGCUAUUGGCGUGGGGGAGAGAUUCUUUUUGGAGUAUAUUUAUUUUGAACCAGAAUUUGUUUGCCAGUUUUUAAAUGUCGUAGCCCUCAGCAGCUUGCUUGUAAAAUGUCCUAGAGUUCGCUUAACACCGCCGCGUUAACCGAUUGCUUCGAGUUUUUGUUCUGACGCUGAUAUUUCGAUGGAUUUUCACGGCUUUGCACAUUUUCCCUGAAACAGACAGCUCGUCGUCGUCGGACAUAAAUAGCUGAGGGUGCCAGGUGGGGGUGGUGUUAUUGGCAUUGUCGGCGGUGGUGGUAGAGUGUGGAGCUUUCUCCCCCAGACACUUUGGAGGGAAAACAACAUAGCUGCUAGCCAGCGAGCCCCGGAAAAGCAAUAAAACCUAAUUUCUGCCAGCUCACCGAAAAGGCGCUCGCCCUGUUGGCUAAGAUGAAAAUCCAUUUUCGGGAGCAGUACGGCACGAAGGGUGAGGAAGUCCUCUAUGUGACGCCAGCAGAUCAAAGCAACAUUGUGAGGGUACCGCUGCGUGGCGAUAAGCUAGUCAUCCAGGAGAAGUUCCUGCUCUUCCGCCUGCUGCAGAAGAUAUUUCUUCCCAAAGGCUAUCCGGACAGUGUCAGCGAGGACUAUGCGGCAUAUCAGGUUUGGGACACGGCCCAGGCCUUCUGUAGCACAAUAUGCGGCACGCUGUGCACCCAUGCCAUCCUGAAAGGCAUCGGCGUGGGCAGCGAGAAUAUAAAUGCGUACUCCGCCACAGUUACAUGGAUCUUGAAGGAGGGCAGCGGCCAUGUGGGCCGGAUCUUCUUCGCCUGGUGGCAGGGCUCCCAGCUGGAUGUGGACUCGAAAAAGUGGCGGCUGCGAGCGGAUUUCCUCAAUGAUCUCGCCAUGGGCAUCGAGAUCUAUGUGCUUCCCAAGUAUCCGCAUCUAAGCACCCAAAUCCUAUGCGGUUCCACUCUGCUGAAGGCGAUUGUGGGCGUUGCUGGAGGAGCAACGAGAGCGGCGCUAACGCAACAUCACGCACUGCGUGGAAAUCUAGCAGAUGUAGCCUCUAAGGACAGUUCCCAAGAGACGUGCGUUAACCUGGUAGCCUCUUUUGUGGGCCUCUACCUCCUUUCGCUGAUAAAGAGCCAGACGGUGCUGUACACCAUCUUCUACGUGGUGGUCAGCCUGCAUCUGUACGCUAAUCUUAAGGCUGUACGGGCGGUCUGUCUACGAACAUUCAACGAGUCGCGAUAUUUGAUUGCCUUGGAGGAGUUCUUCAGGUCCUCGAGAAUGCUCAGUCCUCAGCAGGUUAAUGCUAUGGAACGGGUCACAAUCGGACAGACCGUGUCUGUGUCCUUGAACGUCAAGCUAGGCCUGAGCGUUAAGAAUCUUAUUGAUGAGUACAAGAGCAGCAGCGUCAUCGACAACAUUGUGUCCUCUUUUGAUCCCCACGAGCACUUCAUUAUAGCCGAGACGAAGAGGUAUUUGGGCGUCUAUCUGCACUUCGAUACGCGUCCCCAGGAUGUUCUUAAGGCUUACUUCUUUGCGAUGUCCUAUCUGCGGGAUCGGAAUCUAAUCAAGGAGAAGUACUGGGACAUUCAGGCCAAGUGGCAGGAGUUCCUCACGCUGGCCCAACAGGAGGGUUGGAUGAUCCAUCACCAUCUGUUACUGGUGGACGAGUUCCGUUUGGACUGGAAGGUGUAGGAGAACGGCUUGACUUUGACCUGAGUUGCUUGUUUGAUUUCAUUCGCAGGACUUCAUUAUCACUCCAACACAUAUCUCACAUGAAAACAUUGAUCUAUUAACUAAGUGCUAUUGAUAUUUACCUAGAUUUAGCUUUGUGAAACAUCUUCCAACUAACUCUGCCUUAGCACAAAGUAAUGUUUGUAACCCGUACUCGAUAGGAUAUAUUUUAGCCCUGCUUUUUGCCCAUGAAUUUAUCAAGCGAUGAUAUUAUUUCAAUUACUAGCUGCUACUUUAGGACUAAAAGGGAAUCGGAAACGGAAACGUUGACAAAAACAAAAGAAUCUAUUUUUAAGGACUUAUUGUAUGAUGUAAGCACUUCGAUAUUUCGAGAGCCUAUGUGUACUUUUUAGAUUGUAAUCAAGGAAUAAUCUCACAACGAA